AUAAAAAAAAGUACACUGAACUUUGUCUCUGCAAACAGUCAGAACACAACAGACGGGAAAGAUCCUCGGCAGCCUGUCAGUCAAAGGAUUUUUGAAAAACGAUUACGAAAUGGAGUUAAGAGUGCUGUUCUCCCUCAUUUAUUCCUCUGGUUUUCUGUGCGUCCUUAACAGUCAAGAGCCCAAAACUCCUGACGUCACGGAUCUGGCCUUCAAAAAUAUUGACUUUGCCAUGAACCUCUAUCGCAAGAUAUCAAGUUAUCAUGACAAAAACAUCUUCUUCUCGCCGCUGAGUGUUUCCACGUCUUUCGCCACGCUCUUACUGGCCUCCAAGGGCUCGACACGCAGUCAGAUGGCGAAGGGCCUGAAUCUGGACUCUCUGGACGGGACUGGAGACGCGACGCUCAUCCCACAGCUCUUUGAGCAGCUGCAGAAGAACAUCUCGCAGGACGGAAAACUGCACAUGGAGCAGGGCACGGCACUCUUCGUAGACGAGCGCUUUAACGUCGAGAGAGUCUUCAGCGAUCAGAUCAAGACGUUCUUCGGUGCCGAUGUGAACAAUGUGGAUUUCAGUGAGACAGAGCUCAGCAAGAGCACCAUCAACGAGUAUGUGAGCAGAAAGACCGGCGGCAAAGUGAACGAAAUGGUGACAAGCGUCGAGCCGCUGACACAGAUGAUGCUCCUCAACACCAUUUUCUUUCAGGGUGACUGGGAUAGUCCGUUCGACCCCAACAGCACAGAAAUGAGUCGCUUCUAUGUGGACAAGUACAACAUCGUUCAAGUCCCCAUGAUGGUGAAGGAGGACAGAUUCUCCACGGCUGAGGACCGUGAGCUGCGAGCUCGAGUGCUGCGUCUGUCGUACCGCGGCGGAGCGGCGCUGCUCAUCGUCCUUCCCGACGCCACAGCCGACUACACCGUCAUCGACGACGAGAUCAGCGCCGAUCGAUUCCACCGCUGGAUCAAAAACAUGAGACGCAUAAAAAUGGAGGUUCAUCUGCCCAAGUUCAAGAUGGAGCAGUCGUACAACUUGCAUGAAAUCCUGCCACAUCUGGGCAUCAGCAGCGUUUUCCUCCAUUCAGCCAACCUGACGGGUUUGAGCAAAGACGCGCAUCUGAGAGUCUCACAGGUGCUGCAUAAAGCCGUCAUCGAGGUGGAUGAGAAGGGCACGACUGCAGCCUCGGUCACAUCAGUGGGAAUCACAGCUUAUUCUCUGCCAGCCACCUUCAUCAUCAACAGGCCCUUCUUCUUCUUUCUGUACCAUGAAGCCACUUCUAGUCUGCUGUUCAUGGGCAGAGUGAUUGACCCCACAAAGAACUGAGCCACUGACUGGAGACGCUUGCGCCUCUUCAACACAUAGAACCACACACUAACGGAGCGAUACUUCAGACAGAAAACAUUACCAAACUCUGUGAACACUGUGUGGAUAAGCACAUUGUAUUGUAAGAAAUAAAGUGAGGAAAUAGUGC